AUGGCAGGCCUAGAUCAGAAAUCGCCUAAUGUCCUUCUACAGAGCCUCUGCUGCAGGAUCACGGGGAAAAGCGAAGCUGAAGUUGCCCACCAGUUCCAGUAUGCGGUGCGAGUCAUUGGCAGUAACUAUGCCCCCACUAUUGAACGAGAUGAGUUCCUGGUGUCUGAGAAGAUCAAGAAAGAAUUGCUGAAGCAGCGGAGGGAAGCAGACGCCGCUUUGUUCUCAGAGCUACACAGAAAACUUCAGACUCAGGGUGUUCUGAAGCACCGCUGGUCAGUUCUCUACCUGCUCCUGAGUCUCUCUGAAGACCCCCGUAAACCAUCUAGUCGGGUUGGAAACUAUGGCUCACUGUUUGCCCAAGCUCUACCCAAGGACGCCCACUCCACCCCAUUCUACUGGACCAGACCGCAGAGCCUGGCCCUGAGUUAUGGGGACAGGAGUGCCGGCUUGUCUGGGAGUGUCGGGACCAGUGGGAUUUCCAGUUUAGGAGUCUACACACUGAAUGGACCCACACCGACGCCACAGUCACUGCUGGCGGGUCAACAACCUGCAGCGGCUGGAGGUGCUCAGCCUCUGGGCUCACGGUUAGCCUGGGCUCUGCCUCUAAGCUCCUCCCCCUCCUCCGCUCCCGUCCCUCCUGCCGCUCGGCCGUCUCUCGGGCCUCCGGUUCCGUCGGUCAGAGUUGUCCGCCCUCGCCGAGACGGCGAUACGACCGGCGAGGUGAGCGAGGCCGCGCUGGUGCGGGACGUCCUCUACGUCUUCCAGGGAAUUGAUGGAAAGUUCAUCAAGAUGAACGCCCAGGAUAACUGCUACAAAAUAGACAGCAAGGUGGUGCUAUGCAAGUCCCUCCGGGACACCAGCAGCAGACUGGCCGAGCUCGGCUGGCUCCACAACAAAGUUAGGAAGUACACUGACGCCAGGAGCCUGGACCGGGCAUUUGGACUGGUCGGACAGAGCUUCUGCGCCUCCCUGCACCAGGAGCUAAAGGAAUACUACAGGCUCCUCUCCGUCCUCCACUCACAGUUACAAGUGGAGGAUGAUCAGGGUGUGACGGUGUGCACGGAGAGCAGUCUGACUCUGAGGCGGCUGCUGGUCUGGAUGUACGACCCCAAAGUCAGGCUGAAAACAUUGGCCGCCCUCGUUGACUUCUGCCAAGGUCGAAAGGGGGGCGAGCUCGCUUCGGCUGUUCACGCCUAUGGAAAAACGGGGGACCCGCAGAUGAGGGCGCUGGUUCAGCACAUCCUCAGUCUGGUGUCGCACCCAAUCCUCAACUUCCUCUACAGGUGGAUAUACGACGGCGAGUUGGAGGACACCUACCAUGAGUUCUUUGUAGCAUCGGAUCCCAACGUAAAGACGGAUCGCCUGUGGCAUGACAAAUACUCUCUCAGGAAGUCGAUGAUCCCCUCCUUCAUCACCAUGGACCAGGCGCGAAAGGUCCUGCUGAUUGGCAAAUCCAUUAACUUCCUGCAUCAGGUCUGUCACGACAGAACGCCACCAGGCAAAAUCACACCAGCAUCCAAACCCGCAGACUCUCCUAAAGAUGCCGCAGAGCUGCUGUCGGACCUGGAGGGAGCGUUUCAGGAGAAAAUUGACGCGGCCUACUUUGACACCAGCAAAUACCUGCUGGACGUUCUCAACCGCAACUACCUGCUGCUGGAGCACCUGCAGGCCAUGAGGAGAUACCUGCUGCUGGGCCAAGGAGACUUCAUCAGGCACCUCAUGGACCUGCUAAAACCCGAGUUGGCUCGUCCUGCUACCACGCUUUACCAACACAACCUGACCGGCAUCCUGGAGACGGCGGUCAGGGCCACUAACGCCCAGUAUGACAACGCAGAGAUCUUAAAGAGGCUGGACGUUCGCCUGCUGGAGGUGUCUCCCGGGGAUACAGGCUGGGAUGUCUUUAGUCUUGACUACCAUGUUGAUGGACCCAUUGCAACGGCAUUUUUCUGGCUUUACCCUUCAUUGCACCAGGUGUUUACAAGGGAGUGCAUGGGCCACUACCUCCGUGUGUUUAAUUUCCUGUGGAGGGCCAAGAGGAUGGAAUACACUCUGACUGACAUCUGGAAAGGACAGAUGUGUAACGCAAAGCUGCUUAAAACCAUGCCUGAACUGUCUGGCGUGCUGCAUCAGUGUCACAUACUGGCCUCAGAGAUGGUCCACUUCAUCCACCAAAUGCAGUACUACAUCACCUUUGAGGUGUUGGAGUGCUCGUGGGAUGAGCUGUGGAACAAGGUGCAGCAGGCCCAGGACCUGGACCACAUCAUCGCUGCCCACGACGUCUUCCUGGACACCAUCAUCUCCAGAUGCCUCCUGGACAAUAACAGCAGGUCUCUUCUGAACCAGCUGAGGGCCAUAUUUGACCAGAUCAUCGAGUUCCAGAGCGCCCAGGACUCCCUCUACCGCUCAGCACUGGAGGAGCUCACCUUCAGGCUGCAGUACGAGGAGAUGAAGCGGCAGAGAGAGGAGGAGGGCGAGUGGGGGGUGACCGCUGAGCAGGAAGCAGAGGAGAAGAGGAGAAUUAAGGAGUUCCAGGAUACUAUACCAAAGAUGCGCUCCCAGCUUCGAAUCCUCACCCACUUCUAUCAGAGCAUUGUCCAGCAGUUCCUGGUGCUGCUGAUGACCAGUCCAGAUGAGAGCCUGCGCUUCCUGAGUUUCAGACUGGACUUCAAUGAGCACUACAGGGCCAGAGAGCCCAGGCUGCGGGCCUCGCUAGGCGCCACCCGGGGGCGACGGCUGUCAAACAUCUGAGCUGAGCACAGAGCAGACGGACCAGGCGCAGGGUGGGACCUCACACAGACCAGCCCAACAGCAAACUUUACGCGUCCAGGUGAUGUCAUGCCUUGGAGGAACGAUAGGACAACGCUCCAGCGUCGCCACGUCGACGGUUGCCAAGUGAUGACAUCACAUCAGAUGGCUCAAGGGGAGUGGGCUGAGCUGGAUCCGCGAAAGAACCGAGUCCCAAACAUUUAAAAGCCUUGCAGAAGCGCAGAGGGGUGGAACUAGAGCUGAGAGGUCGGCCCGCAGCGAGAAUCCAGCAAAGUGGGAACUAACUUUAGGGGAAAGUGUCCGUGUGAGCGGCAGGAGGCAACACGCCCAGCUCGCUGAGUCACACAGGGCCAACCUACAUGGCAUGCCUUAUUCAUGAGAGAAAAACACAGCUUUUUCUUCAGUGUGGGUGCCAAAUCUACCAUCAACACACCUACUGUUUGUACAUAGAGUGUAUGUGGACGGACGCGAGAGUUUUUUCACAUCAGCACCUCCAUCGUUCACUCGGGUUAGAUCGAUAAAUGUGUGUUUCUUUUCAAUUUUGUACUCGUAGAACUUAUUAAAAUGAUUAGUUGUAAUAAUUUUUGCUACCAUCAUUCAACAAGUGAGUUUCUAAGCUGGAGUUUGUCAUUAAGUUAAGUUGAGAGAAAACGCACAUACAUCAGAACUGUGAUUCACCUGCCGUCAGUGUUAGUGGAUCAGUCUGUCGGUCUAACCCUGGUCCUCCUUAAAAUUCAGGGUUCUUGUGUUUUUUAUUUAGUUUGAAAGGUCAGCUCGAUCACAAUCACACACACAUCACACAGGUCUGUGUGAAGCAUCAGGAUAGAACUACUCACACAGGCAAAAAGCAGGCUUCAUUUACACCAGACAUAUAAUAUUUCUUUCAUUUUCAUUCAUCCUUUUGCAACCGUAGGCCUUCAAAAUGAAAUCCGACUUCACACAAACAAGACGACUCUGUUAGGAAUGUCGUUCAGGGUCAACCCAACCUAUUUCUCAGUUUCCCCAAUUAGUUUGCAGCAGGCUUUUCUGUCUGUCAUUUUAGAGAAAACGGUCCUCACAACCACAACAACCUCACUCGUCUCUGCAUAAACCACAGGAACUAUGAAUACUCAGAUGUUUCUCCAAAAGGAAAAAAAAAUGUAAAUAUUUCUACAUGAAAGUCCACAUGUAAAUGAUUAUUUGUCAGAAAUGUUUACCUGGACUUUUUAUUUUCUAUAUGAAGUGAGCCUAUUUAGAAGUUCUAAAGUGUAGAUGGUGUAUUUAAGUGAGGUUUACAUGCUGGCGGGAUACUGUAUUUAAAGGCUGUAUUUGGCAACAUUUCAGAAUGGAAAUAUAACAUUUAGUGAUUUAAAAGUCUAAAGUAAACUUUCCUCCCUGUUCUGCUCCACUUAGGUCACUAGAACAGCUGUCGCGUUGAAGCCGACAUGAUGGCUGCAGAUACACAUCAAAACAGCAAAAGCAUCCAUUACGUUCUUGAAGUUGUGCCCAAAUUUGAGCACUGAAGUGAAAGUUUUCCAUCAUUAGACGAUCAGCAGUGUUAACUGCUUGAGUUGCCUCAUCCCUUCAAAGUGAAAUUCCUUUUUAAUCGCUCACAUGAGAAGACUGAUGUUUGUGAGGCUAGAAGCCUCAUUAUGAUAAUCAGACCCGUCUCGAAUGUUAAUCUCACCUUGCAGGAGUCCCAGUACAACAGGGAUGUUAAAACUAUUAAGAGAAAUUGUAUUAACUUCCUCUUAUUUUCAGUAGUUGAUAAAAUGGUAUUAGAAACGCAGGCUUAAAGAAUGGAUGAUAAAUUGGUAACUGUUUUAGCGUCAGCUGAUCAACAGCCGUCCUCCAACAUGGACUCCGGCUAAAGCUUAUUCUCAUAGAUGUGUCUGCUGUGAUGUUCCAGGUUUGAAUCUUCACUUGCAUUUUCAUUGUCAGUGAGACAAUUGGUGCUGUGUUUGGUCUGUAGGCCACUUAACUCCCUUCUGACAAUGAAUUUCGUCUCCAAAGUGUAGAGAAAUCGACAUGCGAUCACUUUAACAUGGACCUGAACCUGGGUCAGCACACCGCCCGUUUCCAUCUCUAUUGUACCACAUAAUAUAUAUAUAUGAAAGGUGGGGAUGCCAACCAUCCCAGUUCUUUAAUAAAAUGUUUGUUUUGUAUGAA